GCGUGCGAACUCGCGACUCUAUAGGUGUGAUUUUUUCUUCUGCCUCAGAGUUUUCCGGCAUUAUUAGGCUAUUGUAUCAAACAAACAAUUACCGUUAGUUCUCAACGAAAAGUCUGGCAGUAUCUGGAGUUUGACAUGUAAAGGGUCAACAUGUAAAUUGGGCAAUCACAGAUGCAACUCUUGGGCAGUCCUUUGACAGGCAGGACCCAACAUCUGGCAUCACAGUGCCGUGUAGCGGAAUCCUUUUCCUAUACGUAUCCACUUAGCUCUGGCGUUAGAUUUGUGCAUGGGACAGGAUAAAACGAAUAAGAUCAGGAUGAAAUCAUUUUUACUCUGCGUUGUACUGGUAUUAUACGGACCACUGGCUACAGGACACAGGAGCCAUCUAAAUGAUUUUCAGCGUUCUGAGGGUCGUGAACUUGUGCCCAAUGAAUGGCACAAGGACCGCAUGCAGCUACUGCCGGGGUUGACUCUGGAAGAAUGUGCUAAACGCUGUUCACAGAACCUGGAAUGCAGAGCAUUUAACUAUGAGACUCGCCCAUCCGUCACAUGCAAGCAGCUGCCAUGGGUGAGGGAUGAGAAUACUGCUGAUGUCAAGAGGAAUGUCAACUGCGAUCUCUACGAGAAAAAAGACUAUGUGCGCCGCUGCAUUGUGGGAGAUGGCAAGACGUAUCGAGGCAAGGUGUCCCAGACGCAGAGUGGUCUCACCUGUCAGCAGUGGUGGUCCAAGUUCCCACAUGACCACAGAUGGACUCCUUCGGCAGAAAACGGUCUGGAGCUAAACUACUGCCGUAACCCAGAUGGGGAUGCCAUCGGGCCCUGGUGCUACACCACAGAACCCGAGCGGCGCUUUGAGACCUGCAACAUCCCUCGCUGUGAAGAUGAGGUCUGUAUAACCUGUAAUGGAGAGGACUACAGGGGCCAGGUGGACCACACAGAGACAGGUCUGGAGUGCCAGCGCUGGGACCAACAGUACCCCCACCAGCACAUCUACCAGCCUGAGAAAUACCCAGACAAGAGCUUAGAUGAUAACUACUGCCGGAACCCGGACGCCUCCCCUGUCCCCUGGUGCUACACCACGGACCCCAAGGUGGAGAGACAGAACUGCAAGAUAAGAAAAUGCGAAAAGGUUCCACAGAAGAAUUCCCGCUCCAGCUACACCACUCACUGUUUCCGCGGCCGUGGAGAGGAUUACCGCGGUAAAAUCAACGAGACGACCUCCGGCGUUCCCUGCCAGCGCUGGGACGCGCAGUCCCCCCAUCAGCACCCCUUCGUCCCACAGACCUACGAGUGCAAGGGUCUGGAGGAGAAUUACUGCCGCAACCCUGACGGCUCAGAGGCACCAUGGUGCUUCACAUCCCUGUCAGAGAUGAGGACCGCACUUUGUCUCCAGAUUAAGCGAUGCCCUGAUGACAUUGAGGCAGAAGACUGUUACCAUGAAAAUGGUAAAAACUAUCGUGGCAUGGUUCGCAAGACUCGGAAGGGAAUCAUCUGCCAAAAAUGGAAUGUUAACACACCUCACAAAACCAAGAUAAACCCCACAACUUACCCUGGCGCCAACCUAACAGAGAACUACUGCCGCAACCCUGAUGCAGAUCUGCACGGACCCUGGUGCUACACCACUGACCCAAAGACUGAGUUUGACUACUGCGCCAUCAAACAGUGUGCUGGGGAAUUUGUCUCUAUCAUCACGCCAAUAAAGAAGGUGGAGUUCAACGAGUGUGGAAAGAGAGAGGAACGCAUGAGCCACUCCAGGCUGCGCAUCGUGGGAGGAACCCCAGGAAACUCCCCCUGGACCGUCAGCCUGAGAGACCGCAGAGGAAACCAUUUUUGUGGGGGAUCCCUGGUCAGCUCAAAAUGGGUGAUCAGCACUAAACAGUGCUUCUCUUCCUGUUAUGUGGACCUCGCCGGCUACACGGCCAUGAUGGGAACCCUGUACAAAAACCCGCAGGACGGGGACCCCGGGCGACAGAGCAUCCGGCUCACCAAGAUCGUCUGCGGCCCAUCAGAGUCCCACCUGGUCAUGCUGCAGCUGGAGACGCCAGCAGAAAUCAACGAGCGCGUGUCUCAGAUCUGCCUGCCCCCAGAACAUUACAUCGUCCCAGCAGACACCAUCUGUGAGAUAGCAGGCUGGGGGGAGACUAAAGGAACUGCCGAUGAAGCUGUGCUUAACGUCGCCCAAAUGCCCGUACUGGAGAACGCCGAUUGCAACAAGUACUUCCGGGGUCGCGUGAAGGAGAAUGAGAUGUGCACCAACCCCUUCCAUGGCGGGGUGGGAGCCUGUGAGAGGGAUUAUGGCGGACCACUGGCCUGUCAGAACAGCGACUGCUGGGUGCUGGAGGGCGUCAUCAUCCCCAUGCGCCGCUGUGGUCACCCUGGGCAGCCAAACAUCUUCAUCCGUGUGUCUGUCUACGUGGACUGGAUCAAGAAGGUCAUGGAGUUAGCCUAGCAGCUCAGUUCUGACCUUUUAUAUUGUAACUGUCACAUCAGCCACACCGUUCUCUCUUUCCUGCCCCUGUUUCAUGGCACCUACUGAGUGUACACAUCUUGGCUUGAGUUUGCUCACUGAUAUAAGCGUUAUCCUGUUGCUCAUGCUAAUGACAAGCCCCUGCUCUAUAGGUGUGGUUGAUGUCUCUUGAUAACUUUGCUUUGUGCCGUGCAUAUGUGUGUGUCCAUAUCCCUUUGCUUUGUUAAAUGUAUGUAUGGUUCUCCGUGUUUGAUAGACGUACACAUAGUGCACUUUGUCCCUAAGUACAGUAUGAGUAAAUUGUUUAUGUGUGUGUGAGAGAGACAGAGAGAGAGAGAGAGAGAGAGAGAGACAUACAGUAACAAUUUGUGCUUGCACUGUUUGUGACAUUGCAUAUCAUGUUUUUGUUUUGUUGAGUGUGCUGUUUGGUACCAGGUUCAUGGAUGUCAUUCACAUCCCUUGAGGUGUACAGUGGUGUCAGUGUGCAUCUCAGAUCUUUCUAGAACAAUAUGCACAAGGCUUUAUGUAACUACUUGUAAAACCUAUUGCUUGCAGCUGUUUGUAUUUUUUUCUUAUUUUAAAAUGCAGGGGAAAAAUUCCACUGUUAGAAUUUAAAAAUAAUUUAAAGAUAAUAAAUUUGGUGAGUGAUCAACUUGUAA